AAAAUUGAUAUACGAUUAUUCUGAGGAUAUAGACCUUUGAUGACCCCUGUCAAUGCUUCUGAUAUUUACUUUGGUAUUUGCAAAUUGUUAAUCACUAUCCUUGUCUUCUCCUGUUAUAUGAACACUUGUCUCUUGAACUAUGCUAUUUCCUUGUUGUUUUGGUCUGCAGGAGCAAAAGCUUUUGGAUGAAAUUGAUCGGCUUAAUGAAGAACUACGUGAUUGUGAUGAGAACAUAAAUAGACGAAAAUCAGAUAUUACUGCUUUGGAAACUCUCAUUGCUCAGUCACGUGAAGGGCUUAAUCAUUAUAAAGUAGAGAGAGACAAGUUACAUGACGAGAGGAAGUCCCUAUGGGGCAAAGAGAAUGAACUUACUUCUGAAAUUGAUAAGCUGAGAGCAGAAGUUGAGAAGGCUGAAAAGAGUCUUGAUCAUGCAAUUCCUGGUGUGAGUAAUCCCUCUUUCUAGUUUCUUUAACAUCUCCUUUGUAAAUGCCAUUAAAUUAUC